UUUUUGGCUUCAAAAAAGAUCUCGCCGCUGCGCCGCUGCGCUCCAGCGAAAGCGGGGAUCAUGGCACUAGUACCAUGGCCCGAGAGCAAAGCUGAGAAGAGUACCGAGCAGCUAGCAGUGUUUGAGGGUGCACUGCCUGACCUUGGUAAGUUGCUGGAGCCGACGAUUCAGCAGCUCGAAAAGGCGGUGAGGGAUGCCUAUCAAUUUGGUGUAGAACUCUGCGAAGGUACGUACAGGUGGAUCACCGGUGAGCAGGACGAGGAUGAGGAUGAAUUGCCAACGACUUCGGUCCAACUGGCCUCUAGAGAGAUAGCAUACUUUUCGGGUUUCUCCUCGGUUUGCACGCUCUUACCCAGCAGCACAUCCUCAGUGGUCAUGGCCAGUGUCAAUAUCGGACCCUUUGGCUUUUGGACAUUCGCCUUGAGUGGUGCGGCAGCAGCCUUCCUGAUGGUCCAGUCCGUGCGAAUGUGGAAUCUGAAUGGUGAGGAAAAUGGCCGGCGGAAUGUCUACCGUGGGGCAGCGACAGCGUUUGGCAUUGCCGCAGUGGGGCAGGUUGCCUUCCUGGCGCUCAACCACACAGCCGUGGUUGGAAUGCACGUCUUGCCCUACGUGUCGGUCAGCAGCUUCUUCGCCCCCAUGAUGAACCCCUUCCUGGUGCUUCAUCUUUUCGCAUUCAGCACUGAGCUGCCAUUCGUCUUCUACGUGCAGGGUCGGAUGGCCGGGCUUGACUCAACUGAGAUGAGCUACUGCCACUUGAACGCUGGCUUGUUUGGUGUCCUCUCAAUUCUCUCGGCAUCCACCAAGAAUGUUUGGCUGCGUCUUGCCCUGCUGGCGGCCAGCGGCUUUUGCACGGUAGAUCAACGUUUUUCGAAUUCCCUCGAUGUCACCCUAGAUGCCCCUGCCCUGAAACUGCGGCCAGCGCUUGCCGGACAAAGUGAAAGACAUCACCGUGUCGCGCAUGACGAAGAUGUGGGAAAAGAAUUUGACAACCAGCACUUUGGUGAUAUCUUUAGCAACCGGGAAGGUUUGAUGCUGCACGUCUGCUUCCGAAAGAUCCUCUACGACCACAACCACGUGGCGCGUGCCGAGAUGCGUCUGAUCGAGAAGGAGGCGGGUGAGAGAAGGCAGCAGGCGCAGGCGCAGGCUCAGCCUUGCAGCGCCAAUCUCUGUGGGCGGCAAAAGAG